UUUGUUUUUCCAACAGCUGAUUGUAAAAGGUCGCGUUUAUCAAGAAGCUCACAACAUUAUUGUGAUUAAAAAAUAAAUAAACUACGGCGUUUGUUGUGACUUAUUUCCAGUUCUACACCGAUACAUUUCGGAAUGGCUUAGCUUUGUUACAGCUCCAUCCCUUUAACCUUUCUGUGGUGCAAUACAUUCCAAUCAUGGAUAAGAUUUUGGAGGCUCUGGUCAGCUCCUCCCACCCCGUGACCGUCAAGCGGGCCAUAGUGAAAAAAGUGAUGGAGGCUGCGGAAAAGGAGGUGACAGACGAGCAGUGCCAGGCCUUGUACCAUCUCACCACCCGCCUUAUUCUCCUGGGGGAGGAUGCUUUUCAGCGACAGGUUGGCUUACAAGUGCAGGAGGCCUAUGCACGUUACCACCGCGAUGAGUUUGCCCGCUUCUUCAGCAAAGAGUAUGUGUUUGGACUCCUUCAGCAGGGCUACGGCUCUUUGGACAGAAGAGAUCCUGUCAUCUUGGACUUUCUUCACGGUUCCUUACGGUUGCUCAUCAGCUGCCCGGCUGUGUUAGAUCUUGCACCUCAGCUUCAAACGGAGGUCUUGCGCAUCAUCUGUGAGCGACCAGAACCAGCAAUCUGUGCUAAGUUAGCCAUUAUACUGACGGACUUCCCUCAGUGUGUUCCACGAGAGAAGGCAGGAGUUCUCUUCUGUCAUCAGCUUGUGCGCACCUUCGCAUAUUUCCACUGUACUGCCACCGAAGAGCGAGAGUUGCGGGAAUAUGUGACCCAGGUGUCCAGGGUGAGCGCACUACUGCAGGGCAUCUGGAAGUCUGAGCCAACCAUGCUGCUGCCCUCACUGCAGGAAGUGUUUGCUAUCAUCUCCUCCACAGAUCCUUCAUUUGAACCCUCAAUUGCUCUAGCAAGCCUGGUUCAGCACAUCCCUCUGCAAAUGAUCACAGUCCUCAUCAAAAGCCUCACCACUGACCAGAACGUCAAAGAUGCCAGUAUGACACAAGCACUCUGCAGGAUGAUUGACUGGUUGUCUUGGCCUCUGGCCAAUCAUGUGGACACCUGGGUCAUUGCUUUAUUAAAGGGACUGGCUGCUGUUCAAAAAUUUACCAUCCUCAUAGAUGUCACACUACUCAAAAUUGAGCAGGUCUUUAAUCGUCUCUGGUAUCCCAUUGUGAGACAGGGAGCACUGGUGGUUCUUUCACACAUGCUGCUUAGUUUCCAGCACUCUCCUGAAGCAUUCCACUUAGUAGUUCCCCAUAUAGUCCCACUGGUGCAGUCCUUGAAAAAUGAUGGCAUUUCCAACAGCAAAACCUUUCUUCUGCAGUUCACAGAACUCAUCCACUGCAUGAUGUACCAAUAUUCUGGCUUUCCAGAUCUCUAUGACAGCAUUCUUGAAUCCAUUAAAGACCUACCUAAACCUAGUGAGGAAAAAAUCAAAUUUGUUCUCAACCAAAGUGCCUGGACCUCACAAUCAAACUCAAUUGCCUCGGGUCUGCUCCAGCUCACAGGCAAAUCAGAAACAGGGAAGACAGGACUUGUGAAUCUGGGCAACACUUGCUACAUGAACAGUAUCAUCCAGAUGUUAUUCAUGGCUACAGAUUUCAGACGACAUGUUCUGUCACUGCCUUUGAAUGGCAGCAACACUCUUAUGAAGAAACUUCAGCUUUUGUUUGCCUUCUUAGGCCACACACAGAGAGCAGCAUAUUCACCAAGGAGUUUCUUGGAGGUGUCUCGACCACCCUGGUUUACUGCUGGAUCCCAGCAAGACUGCUCAGAGUACUUGCGAUUUCUUUUGGACAGGUUGCAUGAAGAAGAGAAGACCCUCUCAGCCCUUCAGGUGACCAGCCCAAAACCUGCACCUGCACCCCCUUCUGCUGAAAUUGUUCACAAUGCUGUAAGUCAGCAGGUUGCUGAUGCCCCAUCACACUCAGAUCCUGUAGUAGCAGAGGGAGACGGUCACACUCUAGUGGAGCGUAUGUUUGGUGGUAGACUCUCAACAGCCAUCCGUUGCCUGCAGUGCUGCAGCCUAUCAGAAAAAGAGGAACCAUUUACAGACCUCUCCCUUGCCUUCUGCCCCUCUAUGUCACAGCCACAGGGCCCCACUGAUGAAUACAAAGGCUCCUCCACUGUGGGGCCCUGCCAAGGGGCCGUGAAUGGAGGCAGUGAAUGCUCUGAGGGCUCUUUAAAAGAAGGUGCCGGAACAAGGAUGGAAAGGCCAGUGGUGGAGCCCACCCUGUCUGUGCCAGAUUUAGUAGACUAUUUUCUGGCUCCAGAAACCCUGGAGAAUGACAACUGCUACUUCUGUGAAUGCUGCGGCUCACUGCAGAGGGCUGAGAAGGUCAUGCGAGUGGUGGAAGCACCUGAGUAUCUUAUUCUGACUCUGCUACGCUUCUCGUAUGAUGCCACGUGCCAUGUGCGUCGCAAGAUCCUGGACAAUGUAGGCAUCCCGCUGCACAUGUGCCUGCCUCUAUGCCAACAUGGUAGCUCUGCUUCAUCAUCUUCCUCAACUUCAGCCGCAUCCUCAUUAUCGGACUCUCCUGAAAGUGGUGAGAAUCUAGCCAAGAAGCUCAAGCCUUCUCUGAAAGAGGAGGGGGAAAAAGACAGCAGGACUAAAAGUGAGAAAAACUGCUGCGAUUCUGAGGUGCUGUCAGUGCCGUAUGUUCUGAGUUCUGUUGUGAUGCAUUCUGGUAUGUCCUCCGAGAGUGGUCAUUACUACUCAUAUGGAAGGAAUGUGAGUAGUACUGAUGGUUUUGUAGCUCAGCUGUGUCCUAAGGCUCUAGGAAACUCCAGCUUAUCUGAGGUCUCAACAGUCCCUCAGGAAGACAUAGGGUGUGCUGACCGCAAGUCAAUGGACUGGUUCUUGUUUAAUGACAGCCGAGUGACUUUUACAAACUUUCAGUCAUUGCAGAAUGUCACAAGUCACUUCCCUAAGGACACAGCCUAUGUCCUGAUCUAUAAGAAACAAGAAGUAAGUGGACAACCUAGCAAUGCAGGAACAGUCAUAAAUGGCUCAAGACUAAGUGGAGAGCCACCCUUGCAGAAAGAGCUGAUGGAUGCCAUAACCAAAGACAACAAACUCUUCUUACAGGAGCAGGAGCUUAAUGCUAGAACUCGGGCUCUCCAAGCGACCUCAGCUUCCUGCUCAUUUCGGCCCAAUGGUUCUGAUGACAAUGAGCCUCCUGGCAGCUGUGGACCCUCAGGUGGGGGUGGAGGUGGAGGCUUCAAUACCAUCAGCAGACUCGUCUUCUAAAAAAAAAAAAAAAAAAGAGUCAUAGACAUACCCUCAGAGCACUGAACAGUCUCACUGACCACACUGGACUCCAUUUUGUGUCUUAAUUGCCCACAAUUUGGAUAAGUGUGCCAUCUCAGAACAGAUUAGUCUUAAUUUUUUUCUGGUGUGCAUGCAUUUUCCUCUUUAUAUCUAAUUAUUUGUUGAUUUUACAUUAUGUGGAGCACUUUCAAUACUACUGGUCUGAAACAGUCAUGCAAUACAUUUGUACAGUAAUGAUUUUGGUCUCAUCUUGGAAUCUGAAUGGUUCCACUUCUACAUAAAACAUCAUUAUAGGAAAAUAAAAUAAUAUUUUUUGAAUCAAACUAUACAAAUAACUAUUUGCAUGAAUAUUUUUUGGACGUUCUCCAAUUUUUGGUUUGGGAAUUGUGAAUUACAGUUACAGCUAUUUUUUAAUAAAUUAUAUAAUUGGUAUUUUAUUAUUUCAGGGAAUUUAGUUUUGACUUUUACAUUUUACAAUUAACAUUUUAGCUGAUUUGAUGUGCCUUUUAAUACUUCAGAUUAUACAGAAUUAUUUGACUGGAUAGAAGAAAAAAAACUUUGAUCUUGCUGUACAGUGUUAAAAUGUCACUAUGAUGUUUUGCCCUAUAGUAAAGACAUAUCAUUGAACAGUGUCUAAUUUUAUUAUCGAAUAUAAAUAUAUUGUUUUGAUUAACCAUAGUCCCUAUCACAGAACAUUUGGCUUAAAUCAAACAUGUAAUUUCAGUAUAUAAAAAAAGAUCUCUAAUAUAUUAAAAAAGAUUCAUGGUAUAAUUAGUUACUGGAGAGAAAUGGGUUGUAUAAUAACAUUUGAUUUCAGGACAAAUACACUAAGAGAGAGGCAUUCACACAGUGGCUUUAGUUGAUCACCAAAGCAGCAUUUAAACAAGUGUUAUGCCUGGUAAUAUGGUACGGGAAAUCAAUAGCACAAGCAUGUUCUGAGACUAUGUAAUCUAGCUGAGGUCUGUUUUUACUAUCAAAGCAGGAGACCUUUGUCAGUCACCUUGUGGCCAUCAAUCCAUAAGCCUCCCUCCUCCACUCUUUGUGUCCUCUGUUUGAACCACCACACUCAGAACGCUCCUGUCCUUGGGUGAACCCUGGCACAAUACUUCUGCUCUUCAGCACAGUCCAGAUAAACUCAGUACAACAUCAUUGCUCUACUACAUCAGCUUGUGACUUUCCUGUCCAAACUGCGCAGACACUUAAGGAUGUGGUUCAGUACUUUUUCCUGUAGAUGCACAUUUCUUAUUUGGAGAAUUACAUGUAUGUUGCAAAGCCUGCCUUGCGGUUUGCAAAUGGGGGUACCUUUAGCUCUUCAAUCUUAUCUAGAGCCAUUAGCUUUACAACAUGGGCACUGCAGUGUUGUACCACUCAUACUGUCUCUAAGACCAUUUGGUAAAAUCAAUGACCCUCAAUUAUUCAACAACUGAGACCUACACAUAUCUUUGCUACAAUUUAGACCACUCCCACUGACGUGUGACAAUUUAUUAUGUUACAAGGUGGGGGUGGUAAAUUUGUUAAUAAUAAUAAUUAUAUUAUAAUAAUGUUAGCCGAUAAUGGUAUUAUAAAAUGUAAACAAAAGUUGACAAAUUUAUUAUUUAGUUAUAACAUCAUGUAUUUGAGUCCAUCUGUUUAAUGUAAAUUAUGGUUACAUUGAAUGUCACUGUGAAAUGCCAUCAUAAAGUGUUAAAUCCACAACUGUAAACAAUUCAUACCCUUUCUUUUUGGCUCUAAGUGGUUUCCUUACAACUUAAGCUGUAUGAUUAGUCAUUUUAAAUGUCUGUAAUUUUAAUGGUAAAAUACUGUAAAAUUUGUACAGGAAUAUUAACAGGAAAAUAUACAGUAUUUUAAUAUAUUUUAAAAGACAGUACAGUAGUUUUUACAAUAAAAUGUUGUAACAAAUUAAAAGUUUUUAGAUGUAAAAGUACGAUUUUCCUGUAUAAUUUAUGGUAAAAAUGUACAUUAUGUUUAACAAAAGAGUACAUGUACUUUUUACAGUAAAUUAUUGUUAAAAUUACAGUGUUACAAUUACAAUAAUCGGGCAUUCCCACAAUUCCCUGUAAGACCCAACAUAUUUCAUUAUAUUUUAUGGGAAUAGUUAUGUUUCUUCUUAUUUUUAAUAUCAGUUACGUACAUUGGGGUGUUCUGUUUUAUAUUUAAUGUAGUUAAUGUUUAAUGCAUUAUUUAAAUUUCACAUGUGUUACCCUGAUGGUCUUUAGUGUUUGUGUGAGUGACUCUGAGCACUGUCUCUACAUGUUUAUUGGUCAUUGCUCCUGGAAGAGCCACUAUUGGUGAACUUCAUGUCAUCAUCAUUUGAUAUUUAUAUUUAUGAAUUUGUAGCAUUUUUAAACACUCUUGCUGAGGACAGGUUAAGUUACAUGUGCUUCCAGGUAUAGAGCAUGCUUUUAAAAAAAAUAUAAUGAAAAUGAUAAAAAAUAUAUAUAAGUAAUGAAUGCCUCAUGUAUGCACAUUUCCUUUAGAUUGAACUUUUCCAGUAUUUUUAUUAUACUGAAUUUCUUCAUUUUUAAA